AUGGGAACAUCUAAAGGAGGCCAUGCGCAACCAGUUUUAUCCUCAGUCAUUGCAACUCCAAAUGGAGUCGGAGUUUAUUCAUCUAAACAAAGGAAUAUGACAGUCUUGGAGUAUGCGGUGAAAUUCAAUGAACUUGCUCGAUUCGCUCCAGACUUGGUUUCCACUGAUCGCCAACGAAUGAAUCGUUUCGAAGGAGGUCUAAACGUUGACCUUCAGGAGAAACUAGCAGCACAUAUGAGCAAAUCCUAUCAGGAAUUGUAUGAUAGGGCCAUCAAUGUCGAACGCAAGACGAAACUUAGAAAGGAGGUGUUUGAGAAUGGUAAGAGGAAAGGAAAACCUCAAGAAGGCCAAUCAAGCAACAUUUUCCACAAGAAGUUGAAUACUGGUUACGUGGAGGAGAAUCGUAAUCAAAGACAAGUUCCUCGGUGCAACAAGUGUAAUAAGCAAGGCCAUUGGGCAAGGGACUGUCGUAAAGGCACCGACCAAUGUUAUCGAUGUGGUAAACAAGGCCAUAUAGUGAAAGAUUGUCCUGUUCAAGAACAACGAGGCCACAACGUGAACAACCAUGGCUUCACAAGGAAUCAAGGGAAUGGACAGAACUCCACUUAUAGCGGCAAUGCGAACAACAAUCGUAAUCCUCCGAGAGGACCUCCACAAGCUGGGAGAGUGUUCAUGAUGCAAAGAGAAGAAGCUGAAGCUGAUGAUACCGUCAUCACUGGUACUUUUCCUGUCCACUCUAUACCCGGUUGUGUUCUUUUUGAUUCUGGAGCUUCACAUUCAUUUAUAUCUACUGCAUUUUCUAGAACUUUGAAUGCAAAACCAUGCCCUAAAUUCUCUGCCAUGUCAGUUUCCAUCCCAAAUGGUGAAUCUAUCUCAUGUGAUGUCAUGUAUAGAAACUGCCCUAUCCUUAUAGGAGGCUAUGAGUUCCUAGUUGACCUAGUUCAAUUUGAAUUAACCGACUUUGAUGUGAUAUUGGGAAUGGAUUGGUUAUCCAAGUACCAAGCCGACAUUAAUUGCCUUAACCAUGAGAUAACCCUUAGAAGACCUGAUGGAUGCAAGGUGUCUUAUCGAAGAAGAAAAGUCAAACCCCGUAUUAUCUCAACCUCAAAAGUAUUCAAACUACUUGCGAAGGGUUUUACGGAUACCUUUGCAAUGUAA